AUGGGUACUGACCACGAGAGUCAUGUCUACAAAUCAAUGGCUAUAUCGUCAAGGGAAAGCCCAUGCUUCGAAAGCAAGCCCGAGACUGGCAACAGUGAUACCUUAACAAAUAAAGGGCUCGACAGUUCUUUGAUAAAAACCAAUGAGGCAAUACCGCCUGAUAUAUAUUUAAGCUCUGUUUCAAAACACUUGCCAAAUUCUUCCCAUUCCGACAGAUCUCGACAUUCACUGAUUGCAGAGUCUAAUGACCGGGUAAUGGACGAGGAUUUCCUUUUAGGGGCGUCUGUAUGCCCUACGACGCUUCAACAUCCUACUCCUGACCUACAGACUUUGCAGGGUGCCUACGCAGGAACUGUCGAGCAUCUAGAGAGAACAGCGGAACGCCUAAGUAUAACUUCGACUAUUGAAGAUGCUAUUCAAAAGCUUCAUGACAAACAGAUACAGUCAGACAGCCGAUGUUCUUCAUUGUCAUCAUAUGAUAAACCAAUUCACUCCCGUAAUACAUCUGAUAUGCCAUCCAUUAUUGAACAAAACAAUACCACACUCUCAGAAGACUUCCCACCUGUAGCGAGUUUAGAGUCCUUAGAAUAUCCUGUGACAACACUGCAAUCCGCACGAACACGAACAUAUUCUAAGGGUCCGGGAAUACCUAGGUCUAUACCAGAAAAUAGUAAGAGGCAAUCAAAUCCCUCUGCCAAUGAAUCGAAUUUAAAUUCUCCACUUUCACAGUAUUCGAACACGAAGGCUAUACCGAACAUUGCGGAUGGGUCAGAAACUCCCACUCGACCAACUACAAAGAUAAGAGAGAGCUACAAUACCGGUAAUAUAACAGGAGCUGGGCAUGAAAGUGAAGCAAGUAAACAGGCUGAAGAAUUAGGAAGCCAAGUAAAUCCUAGAUCAGAAAUUGUUCCAACUGAUAUAAUUGAGAAAAUGUUUGCGAAUUUUGAUGGCAUUCAUUCUGAACAGAGCUCCACACAUAAGCUUUACAAUAGUGUUGGAAGUGAGAAAGAAUUAAAAGAUGCAACAAAAAGCAAAUUCUUGUCGUCAGUCACCAAAGAUCGAAUGUCAACUUCAUCUAUUGUUGUAGACCCACAAUCAUACACAGAUCCAACAACGGGUCAUCAAAUGGUAUACUACCCUGCUCCAGUGCCGAUAAUGCUAAAUCUUCCGCAAAAAUUGUCCAACAAGCCGCCAUCAGCAUCACGUUCUCAUAGAAGAUCACAAGUUGAUAACAUGAAUGGAUCCAGACAAAAUCUCCCGUACAAUAUGACUGAAAUUAAUGCUGCCGAAGCUGGCGAAGAGAGUCAUGCGCGUGAUUUUUUCUCACAAAACUACACAACUAAUAGAGUCAGCACAGCUACCCAGCGUAUCACUCGAGACCUCGCGAACCUGCCUCCUCAACUACGAGCUAGCACGUUCUUUGAGACACAGAGUAGUCCUACGCCAGUCGUUCAACUGAAAGAUCAGUCAGCGGUAGCUACUCUAGAUAGCAUCUUAGAUGCUUCAGCUCAUGCGCCUGUUAGCGCAUUCACGGAUCAUGCCUUCGCUGGUGCAUUGGGUCCCGAGGUGUAUGGGAAAAAAAUUGUAUCGAGCCGCCCUAAGACAUCUCAAGUAGUAGAACCCCCCAAAAAACGUGUAAGCUCCUUUGGGGGUCUAUUUUUUUCUAGGAAAAACAAAAGUGGAGAAAAGAUAGACCCAUCCAAAAACCCAGUCCUAACUAUAUCACCUUCCGCCCAAGAAAAUCAUGAGAACGGAGAAGACUCAAAUAUUAUGGAAACCAUAAAUGGACAAGAAUCUGAGACAGGCGAAAAUUUACUCUGUGAAUCUAUUGACGAAAACCAUGAUGAUGAGCAUGAGGACGAAUUAUAUCAAAACCCACCUACAACGCUACUAGCUGAACUACACUUGCGUAAGCAGCGACAGAAACAACGAACCCAACCCUUAACGAAAACCUUUCCAAAUGGUAUUCACUCUACUCUACUAGAGCUGGAUACCGCCAUACAAACUGAGCAAAAAUCUCGGAGAAAAUAUCGAACUGUUCUGGCUUGGGAAGAUCCAAUGGCGUUAGAAGCAGAAGCAGCUAUGCAAGAAGAUGAUGAGGUUCCCCUUGCCAUGCUUUAUUCGAUGAAAGCAGCUGAAAACCGUCCGUUAGGUCUAUUAGAACGCCGUGAGCUAGAAGAUAACGAACCACUCAGUCAGAGGAGAAAUCGACUCCAAGGUCGAAAUCCAGCUUCACCUCGAGUAAAUUCUAAGAGUAAUAUUCCCUCGCCUUUUUCUGUAGAAGAAAAAGAGGAGACGCUCGGUGACAGGGCAAAGCGGCUUAAAGCUAAGAAUGCGAACCUUGCGUCUCCUCUAACUGCGGGCGAAGACUUUUCUAAUGGUGUUCUUGGACAAUUCGGUGGAAACACCGCUGAGCCAAAAGGAAACGAAAACCCAAUUACUUCUCCAAGGCCUGGAGAUGAAGAAGAGACACUAGGCCAACGCCGGAAACGGCUUCAAGCAGAGCAAGAAAAUAAAACCCGGGAACAAAAUGUGAACCUACGAAUACCAUCACGACAGACACCUAAACCUGAUUUACAACAUCGAAGAAGCAUGGCAGAUAUACUAGCCGCACAUCCGGCUUCAACUAAUGUUGCUCAGAAAUGUUACGAUCAGCCCAUUGGCGGAUUACUUGCGAUGCAUGAAAAACAAGUAGCUCGUCGAUCAGCCUGUAUGCACAGCUUUGAUGUAUCCUCAGCUCUCCAUAAUUCAAUACAAAAACCUUCACUAACCCACCAAUCUUCAACUCAUGGAUUUAAAGCCGGGCUGUACAAUGACGGUAAUGGCGGUGGCGGAAAUGGGGGAAUGGAGCUGUCACAACAGGUUCCAUACGGUUCAGGCAAGUUCAGUAACCAAAUGGUUAUUCAACAACCUAAUCCAGGCUACUUGGCUCCGCAAAAUGCGCUUUCAAAAAUGACCGGACUUCCGACAAACAUAAAUUUUGGAGUGAAUUGCACUAACAACCCAAUAACGGCAACCAAUAUACCGUCCAAUCUCUUAGGCUUCACCCCAAAUUCAAAUAUGAAUAUACCACCAACAAGUCUACCAAUUCCUCAACCACCUCAACAGGGGCAAAUAGAUAUGAUAGAGCGGUGGCGACAAAAUGUUAUGCCAUCAACAAAGCCAACAAUUUAA